AUGUCUAUAAUAAUCCUGUUCCUUGCGGGGCUGAGCGGCACUCUGGCCCAACAUGCCCCGAACACGGCUGACAACAAACAGGCCAUCGUGCACCUGUUUGAGUGGAGAUGGGCUGACAUCGCCGCGGAGUGUGAGACGUUUCUGGGACCCUACGGCUUCGGAGGUGUACAGGUGUCGCCACCGAACGAGAACCGUGUGCGGACCAGUCCAAACCGCCCCUGGUGGGAGCGCUACCAGCCAAUCAGCUAUCACCUCAACACCCGCAGUGGCAACGAUGAGGACUUCAAGGACAUGGUUCACCGCUGUAACCAGCAGGGAGUCAGGAUCUACGUGGAUGUCGUCAUCAACCACAUGUGCGGUGAUGGCGGCUCAGGAAACGGCACGGGCGGGAGCCACUUCAAUACCGAAAGCCUGGAUUUCCCGGGCGUCCCCUUCGGACCCAAUGACUUCAACAACUGCAGUACGUGCGGUACCAGCGACUGUGAAGUCCACAACUAUGGGGACCAUAAUCAGGUACGUAACUGCCGACUGGUCGGCCUGUUGGACUUGAAGCUCAGUAGUGACUACGUCCGUGGGAAGAUCGCGGACUACUUGAACUACCUUAUCUCCAUCGGAGUUGCCGGCUUCCGUGUCGAUGCCGCCAAACACAUGUGGCCGGGAGACUUGUCCGCCAUCUUCGGCCGGCUCAGCGACCUCAACACCGCCUACUUCCCGUCAGGCUCCCGGCCCUUCAUCGCUAUGGAGGUCAUCGACCUUGGUGGAGAGGCAAUUUCGGCAUCAGAGUACACCCAUCUAGGGAGGAUCACAGAGUUCAAGUACGGCAUGCAGCUCGGACACAUCUUCAGAAAGCAGUACGGUCAGAAGCUGGUAUAUCUGGACAGCUUCGGCGAAGGCUGGGGCAUGCUGUCUGACAACAACGCUCUGGUGUUCGUGGACAACCACGACAACCAAAGGGGCCACGGGGGUGGCGGAAAGUCCAUCCUCACCUUCAGAGACAGUAGGCUGUAUAAGAUGGCCAAUGCUUUCAUGCUGGCGUUCCCGUACGGCUUCGUUAGAAUGAUGAGUAGCUACUACUGGGACCAGUGGUGGGAAGGCGGGAAGGACAAGAACGACUGGAUCGGACCGCCAGCCGAUCGUAGUGGCAACACUAUGGGGGUGUCAAUCAACAAUAAGGGCAACUGCCGCAACGGAUGGGUGAAUCAUGUUGUUUUUUAA